CGCUGCCGCAGGGGGGGGGAUUCGAACGCGGCACCGCCCCCUGCGCGCGCGGCGAGCGGGACCCGGGGGCGGGCGCAGCCCCUGUGCCGGAGCCACGGCGAUGGCCGAGGAGCGAGGUAGGACAGUGCCAGCGCCUCGUCCCCCCGUGUCCGUCCCGGUGCUGGGGGACGGGGCUCCCCCCAUGUCCCCAGAUGAACGCUUCAUCACCGAGGAGAGCUUCGACUUUGGGGUCCUGUCUCCUGACGACAGCCGCGAGGAAGAGGAGGGCGAGGAAGGGGCCGGGGGAGCUUGGAGCCUCCUGAGCGGCUCCCGGCUGGAGGAGAUGAUGCGGGAGGCGACGCAGCUGGCAGCACAGCUGGAGCAGUGCCGGCUGCCCCUCCCCGACACCCCCAGUCCCCGCAGCCCCCGCCGCCAGACCUUCGUGGUGAAGGACAGCCCAGUGCGGGCGCUGCUGCCCACCGUGGAGUCCCCCCCGGCCCUCAAGGUCUCGCCCAGCUGCCCCCGCCCCAUGGCGCCCAGAGCCCCCCCCGGGGCCAGGGCCCCCCCCAGCAGCCGCUCAGGCCCCCCCCGGCCGGGACCCCCCCCAGGGCAGGGGGGCAGCGCCCGCGGCCAGCGCGAGCCACCACGCCUGGGGACAGCGGGGACAGCAGGUACAGGGGAUGGGACAGUUGGGGGGCACCCAGCCAUGGGGCACCACACUAUGGGGUGUGCCCACACCAUGGGGCACCCAAACCUUGGGGGACCCACGCCAUGGGGCAAUCACACCAUGGGGCACCCAAACCUUGGGGGACCCACGCCAUGGGCUUGA